GAAUCACCUACUAGAAAAAAAUGAAUAUUAAACACUUAAGAACACAUCACAAUGUACACGAUGACAUUAGACACAUAGAUGCAACAUUGCGACAUAUUAUAUCAGGUUCUUCAAAUUCAAUAAAGAUACAAAAAUAUACAUAUGUAAAUUAUGAAGAGUAUUUAAAGGAAAAAAAGCAAAUAGUUUACAAUAAUGAAUGCGAGGUGCAAUCAAUGUUAUUUGAUCCAACUGGAACAAAAUUUGCUGUUAGUAUUUAUACAAAAAAUCCUGAACACUUAUCGUCGCUUCUAAUUUAUGAUAUAGGUGACAGUGAUUCCGUAAUAGAUAAAACAGAAGAUUGUUCAAAUUAUCGUUAUAAACCUGGUGCUAUCCAACUACUAUGGGAGGAUCCUCACACUAUUCUCAUGUGUUAUGAUUCUUAUAUUAAAAAAAUGGAUAUAAGAACAUCCGAAUUUGUACGUACAUGGAAUUGUUCAUCCAAAAAUAAAAUAUUGACAUGUUUUACAACAGAUAAUCUAUACACUAUUAUGACGGGGACGACCAAUAAUAAAGUUCUUCUAUGGGAUCAGAGACAAAAUGCUUACAUUCAAACGUAUACAACGCAUACACAGCGCAGUAUAAUUUCCAUAGAAUUUGAUAGCUCCCAUCUGUAUACUGCUACAGACAAGUAUUUAUGUCAAUAUGAAUUUCAGGAAAGGUUUGGUUUUUGCGACAGAAAAUAUAUUUUAAAGAUGGUAGUAUCAGGCACUGGAAAAUUGAAUCACUAG